AUGAGGCAAGGAGGACAACACUCGUCUCGGUACCGGUACGGUGUCGUGAUGGAUCCAACGGCCUGGUUACGAUUUAUUCUUCAAACACCAGAUAAGUACGGUGUCGUGAUGGAUCCAACGGCCUGGUUACGAUUUAUUCUUCAAACACCAGAUAAGUACUAUGCCUUGGGCCUGUUGUUAUGUUGCAAUCUGUUCAUCAUUGCUGCCUGGUUUCUGGAAUACGCCGUCGUUCAAGGAAGGCUCCAUCACAAUAUGGCCCUCGGAUUAGGUUGCAUCAACCUUUUCUGUGUGCUGACCUUCCCAACUGUGAUCAUUUUGAUGCACGAUUUCAAUCCGCUUUUCAGUUCCCCCGUCCUGAUGGUAUACACUGUAUUGUUUCUCAAACUGUGGUCGUAUCUGGCUGUUAAUCGAUGGUGUCGCUUGUGGAGGAACCAAAGGAUGGGGACUGCUCGAGCUCCGCUGCUGGCAGAACUGAAGAAGCGUCGCGAAGUGCUAGAUUCCGAGAAACGGAUGCGUCGCAGAAGUCAGGGUGAUUCAGAGUGUCCUUCGCACGUUGAUCUGGCAUCAGGGCGGCGUGAUUUGGAGAUGGAGAAUGCAGAUGUCCUCACGACCCCGUUAACAACACAGAAUUCAGAUGGUUCUCAGUCAGUUACCGAAGUCCGGAAUCGUCGUGUUGGGCAGAUAGCACUCCCAGGAAAACUAAAGGAAAUGGUUAGCUUAAAAGGUUCUCGAUUUGGGCUUGAGGGGAGUAAAUCCCCCAGUUGUCUGGGUUCUGGUAAUCGUCUGCCUGUAAACAGAGCAAGCAUGAGUGUGACUGAUGAGUACCGUACACUGCUGGACAUGCUGGAGCUGGAACGCCACUCAUUGGCACCGUUCUCCGAGUGUAUUGAAGUGACCUUCAGCGGCUAUAUCACAUACCCAAACAACGUAACGUUGAGCAAUUUGUACUAUUUUAUUUUCGCGCCCACUCUCUGCUACGAACUGAACUUUCCGCGUACCCUUACGAUACGGAAGGCUUUUCUGUUCAAACGCCUGUUUGAACUGCUGUUCCUCACUCAGUUGAUCUUUUGUCUUGCACAACAAUGGAUGUUGCCCACCUUGCGGAACAGUGUGGCUCCGAUUUCCCAAUCUGACUUUAGCCAGAUUGUUGAGCGCUGUCUGAAGCUUGCCAUUCCCAACCACCUGAUUUGGCUUCUUUUCUUCUACGCCUCCUUCCACUCCCUAUUCAACGCGGUCGGGGAGCUAAUGCGAUUUGGUGACCGAUUUUUCUAUAGUGACUGGUGGAAUCCCGAAACUGUUCCAGCCUUUUGGUCUAAGUGGAAUAUCCCAGUGCACAGAUUUGCUCGCCGACACAUCUAUCUACCUCUGCUUGGCUUUGGUCUCACUCGUUCGCAGGCCGGUAUUGUGGUUUUUUUCAUCAGUGCGGUGCUGCACGAAUUCCUCAUUUCCAUACCUCUAAAAAUGCCUCAUAUGUGGGCGUUUUUCGGCAUGCUAAGUCAAAUGCCGUACGCACAACUGGUCAAGCGUCUCUUCCCGAACGGUGGUGCAUGGGGUAAUGUGGCGGUGUGGAUGACGCUGAUUAUUGGUCAACCUCUGGCCAUGUUGUUUUACUUCCAUGACUAUUAUCUGGUCCACUAUGUCACCCCGGAGACACAUCAAUGAAUUAUUCGGUUAGCUCCAGCGCUCCCUUCAUGCAGGGCUUCCGUGUUCAAACGGAACCAGAUUACUGCCCCUCAUUUCCCCAGGGAGACCUGCCAUUACUUUGUAAUUGUCAAGGAUAUUUUUGUACAUCCACUGAUUUUUAAUUCCAUCCUUGUCACUCUGUAGUCUACUCAUCGCUUUAUUCGUGUCUUAUUUUGAUUCACAAAUACCGC